AUGGGAUUCACACAAUCCCAACUGAGAUAGAAAAGGAGUGAAAAAAAUGCCUGGACAGGUGGAGCGUUGGCUAGAAACGUUCAUGUGUAAACAAUAUGCUGAAACUUUUGAAGCUUAUGGAUUCAAAACGCUCCAAUCGUUAUGUCAACUCCAACUGCCUCAACUGCAAAUUAUGGGUGUUGCACACGAACACUGUGAACAAAUAUUAGACAACGUGGAUAUCCUCAGACAGUCAAUGUGUGGUACAAGUAGCAUGACUCAUUAUCAGGACAACAUGUACAAUGCAUAUAGCAGCAGACUUCCAAACAUUAACCAGAUGCAUAACAGUAGUUCAAACAUGCAAAUGGGUAAUAGGAUUGGAAACAUGACUGGCUACAAUACCCAAGGCUAUAUGAAUAAUCAGAGUUCAAUGAUGCAGCAACAGUCACAGCCACAGCAAACAUAUCCUGGGCAUAGUGCUAUGUAUUCCAUUGGUCAGUCUAAUCCUUACAUGGGGUAUGGAGGCCCAGCAGAUCAAAGGCACUAUCAGUAUACUGCCAUGGAUAGGAGGGGAAGCAACAAUUACUGUGCUGCUCUAGGACCUGGCAAUUCAAAUGGUUACUCAAAUAGACCUCAACCUCAAAAUAUGUCUAACCAACAAGUGCCACAGACGAUGAUGCAUACACACAUGCGUCACAGCCCUGCUAACCAGAAUCCACAAGAAGUUGCAAACAACAUUUUACAGAUGGCAGCUUCUACAUACAUGCCAAACCAGACUGUCACAAUCCCUCUGUCUAAAAAUCGUUCAGCGCCAUAUCACAUCCCACCCAAGUCUCCACAUAACAGUUAUUCUAUGCAGGGAAAUUGCCCAACUUCAACUCAGCAGCAUCAACAACACAUUGGACAGACUCAUCAAUUUGCUUAUCCUAAUUCCUCCCCACAUCAGUCAUCACAAGGACCAUGUGCCUCUCCAAUCAGUCCAAAUCCAGCAUACAUGCACAGUCCAGCAUCUCAUCACAGUGGACACAGCAUGCCAAAUUCCAGUCCUCAGUCAGUCCACAGUCCAACCCUUGCACUUAGUGGACCAUGUGUCAAGUCACCUCAUACCGUGAUCCCCUCUCCAGGCGGGGAAGUGUGUUCACCUUGUCAGAUGACUUCUCCCAUUGGCUGUCAGACCAGUGCUCCCAAUGCAUCUCCACACAACCAACAGUUACUUGUAAAUGUUCCAAGUGGAAAUCAUGCUAUGUUCCAGGGCCAGCUGACAUCACCAAACCAGCAAGCUAAUAUGAAUGACUACUCACCUAAAACUAACCCAAUUACCCCACCUGCUAGUCAUAAUAUUUCCCCAUAUAGUAACUCCUCCAGAUCCUCAGUGCAUAGUCCACAACUUAAGAACUCAAUACCUGUGUCCAGUGUUUCUGUGAAUUAUUUUAGUGCUUCAGACAUUCCAGAGCCACCUCAAGAAAAGCCAAACUCGAAUCCUUUGCAGUCUCUGCAGAAAUUAUGUAUGCUACCUGACCAUCAGGUGAUUGAUCCCAAAAGUGUCGUCAAUGAUGCUUGUCUUGAAUCACCACAACCAUAUGACCACCAAAAAAACUUGAAUAGCGAUGCCGACAACCAUUGUGAAAAUCAGGGCCAGGUUUCGGCAUCGAAAAUAAAAAGUCCUGGAAAACUUGUUAACUCUAAAGACUUUGAAACAGAAACGGUUAAGAAUUGUAAUGGUAUAUGUAGUGAAGGCUUAAAGGAUAUGAGUGACUUAUCUCAAAGGUUAUUUGUAGAUUCUGAUAAAAAGGAAAAACAGCAUCAGACAGCUGCCAGUGAAUCUUCUGAAAUGUCAGAAAGACAGAUUUAUGGUAGCAGUAUUGAUUCCAGACACAAUGAUAAUGUGUCAGAAGUUGGAUGCUCGGAAGAGAAAACUGAUGCACUGAGAGAAACACAAUGUAGGAAGGAAGGAAAGGAGGACGAUGAAGAAAAGAAAUCUGAACAACAUCAAGGAAUUGAGGACCAGAGUGAAGCACAGGAAUCAGAACAACAUCAAGGAAUUCAGGACCAGAGUGAAGCACAGGAAUCAGAACAACAUCAAGGAAUUCAGGACCAGAGUGAAGCACAGGAAUCAGAACAACAUCAAGGAAUUCAGGACCAGAGUGAAGCACAGGAAUCGGAACAACAUCAAGGAGUUCAGGACCAGGAUGAAGCCCACCAGCUCCUAGAAUCACAUCUCACAAAAAAAACACAACAAACAGAGGUAACAGAGGAAGUGAAAGAUAAAGAAAAUCAACUUACAAGUGAUGUUGAGGAAGUGACAGUUUCUGUGAAAGAAAUAUCUGAUAAAAGUGUUCUAUCUUUCCCAAACUGUAGUCUUGUUCAGUGCAAAACAAUUGUACAUUCUGAAACUGAUGGUUGUGAGCAGGUCAUCUGCAAGCCAAUAGGUUGUAAAGAAAAUGAUGAUAUUCUCUCAGAAAUCAUUGAUUAUGAAAAUGUUGCUAAAGAAAACAAUAAUGAGAUCAUACCCCAGUUGCAUAGUGAUGAGAAUUCUUGCAUUCAGUAUUACAGACCAAAAUGUAUAAAACAAUCCAAAAGAAUGAAAAAAUUGCAUUAUAAACCAAGCUUAAAACUGCAUUCACAGAUGCUUUCUAGAGCAAAUGAAAAUCCACUAUCAGUAAAGACAUAUUCUCGCAGAGAUCAGCUUGCUGCCAAAUAUCGAUGGAGAAGGUCACACAUGCCAAGAUCAAGGUCGUUAAGGGGUGUACCAGCUGGCCUAGCCAAUACUACAAUGAACAAUUCUGUUAGUUACACUGAUUCAGACAGUGAUGAUGGUGGAGUGUUACUAGUAAGGGAAGACAUAGAUUUUACUCAGGACCAGGAAUCCCCAUAUCCUAUGGACAGCAAUUCAGAUGACAUGUCUCAGGAGGAAGAUAUCAGUUCUUCCAUUGAUACAGAGAAAGAUGAUAUAAGUCUUAUAGCUGAAAAAUCCUCCCCACCUUUACCUCCUCUCAUACAAGUUAAUGGAUCAGCAGAAUCUGUUGAAGCUAUUGACAUUAUUGAUAUGGCCUUAGACACAACUAAAAACUCACAAACAUUAGCUGUUGGCUGUGCUAAAAAUCAAGCAAAUAUAAAUGGCAAAUCAGAUCAGGGUCUAAAGAAAAGGGACAGAAAUAGCAUUAAUAAAGAUAUUAGGAAAAGUUCAGCAACUUCAAGCAAUGGACACAUUUCAUCAAGGCAGUCUGAGCAGAGGAAUGGGAGAACUGAUGUUACUUGUAGAGAAAGGAAACCCAGAAAAGUAAAAAACUGCUCCCCUGUCAAAGAUGUUAAAUCAGACAAUGAAGAGGAAGAGAAAAGCAGUACACCGAAUAAGUCAUCCAGCAGUAGAACUCCUGCGAAGAGAUCCAGUCGUAAAAGAAGGCGGGCCUCAUCACUGAAGUAUGGCGACUUGUACUACAGUGCUGACUACGUCCUGGACUCGGAGGAGGAAAUGGAGGUAGAAAAAAAGAGUAAAAUGGUUAGAAAGGAGAGUGGUACCAAUAAAGACAGCAUGAAGAAUGAAGAACCAGAUGUCAUUAUUUUAAAUGAUGAAGAGGAAUCCAUUGUGGAAAAAGAUGGUGCUGUGUCCUCACUUCCUAAUGACCAAAGUAAGAAGGCAGAUUCCAAUGUCUCAGGUUUCAUACAGAGUGCGGAAACUAGCAAAAGGACCAGAUUAAAAGCUGGUGCAAAAAUGACUCUUGAUAGUGUGUCUAUAGAGGAAUUGUCUAGCAUUAUUUUGAACAAGGAAACCUGUUCAGAAAAUGAAAAACAACAGAAUUCUAGUGUUUCACAUUUUGUGGAUGAUGAAGGUGAUUUAAAAUCUCUGAUUUCAAUAAGUGAUGAAGAUAUGGAAACUGAAGAGACAAGAACACCAGAAAGUGUAGUAAAAAGCAACAAAAUAACAAAAACUCAAAAAGUAAAAAAUAAGUCUAAAAGUGGAAAAGGCAGACUGAAAAAACUUCAAAAAUCUCAUGCCAAAUAUGACAUGGUUGAUGAAGCGACGGAGGAGAUGAACUUAAGAAGGACUGUCAACAUUGUGAAAAAGAAACACCAGAAACGUGAUAAAAUGAAAGCAGAUGAGAGUAAGAGUCGAAUUACAGGACCAUUUUUACGCAUCAGAAACACCCAGCCAUCCUAUUGUCGUGUGGUCAACCAAUAUGAAGAAGAUCCUGAAGUAUCGGGUCAGAAGAUUACAAAGAAAGUCUCUACACCCAUAACAGUGUCCACUGUUCAUAUGUCAAAACUCUCUGUAGAAAAAUCAGUUUAUGUGCCUAGUACUUCUGUAACAGAGGACUCUAAUUGGGUGUGUCAACUGUGUCAUAAACAUAGCAGCUUUAAAUUUCUAGGGGACUUAUUUGGACCAUAUUACUGUGAAGAAAAUUUGCCAUCAACAAGAGGACAGGAUUCACUAUCUCUUGAUAAAAAAUCAGAUUUGAAGAAGGGCAAACAAAGAAAUGUGAUCGAUUUAAAUUUAGGUGACUUGAUGCAAAAAACCAAAAAACAGGUGAAGACAGCCAGUCAGUCCAGACCUCCAGAAGAAGUGUGGGUUCAUGAAGAUUGUAUUGCCUGGGCUGAUGGGGUACUUCUUAUAGGGCAGAAAAUCUAUGGUCUUAAAGAGGCUACAUCUGUUGCCUCAGCCACGAUGUGUUCAGCUUGCAAGGAGUAUGGUGCUAUGGUUGGGUGUCUACACAAAGGAUGUUCUCAGAAAUAUCAUUAUAUUUGUGCACUAGAAUCAGGAUGCUAUAUGGAUGAAGAAAACUUUUCCUUGUUGUGUGUAAAACAUAAGGAUAAGAAGAUGAAACAACUAGAGACAUCUUAAAACAUCUUACAGCAAAAGAUGAUGAAACUAGCAGAUACUAGCGGUGAAAGCCAAAACUUUGUUAAUGUGUGAAUCUUGAUUAAGUGCAUAGAAGUAUUUUUUGACUUUUUCCAAAGGAAAUAUAUGUGAUAUUGAUCAGAGAGAUCAGUAAAAUUGAUCAGAGAAAUCAAUAAAAAAAAUAUUGGAAAAAAA